CUGCCAGCAGCCCUGCCGUCUCCCCGAGAAAGACACCCAGAAACAGGAGAGAGAGGAACGCAGACAUGGAUUCGACUCAGCCCCACGCAGCCCAGCACGCAGACAGAGGCUGCUUCUCCACACCGAGGUUCCUGUGGGUGGCAGCUGGAACUUCCAUCGUGUUUCUUGGCCUCUGUUUUGUUACCAGAUGUGCAGUGACGUACCACAGCUUACAAACGUGUAAGGAGAAAAACUUCCGACCACAUACAAAUUUCAAGAGGAUCUCUUGCUAUCAUGAUGAAUCAGGUCUGGUCCACAGCUGCUGCCCACUGAACUGGGAGCAUUUCCAGUCCAGCUGCUACUUCUUCUCUGUGGACGCCUUGAACUGGGAGGCCAGCGUGAGGAACUGCUCGGGGAUGAGGGCCCAGCUGGUGGUGAUCAACACGCCAGAAGAGCAGGAAUUCCUCUACCACACAAAACCCAGGAGGAGAGAGUUCUUCAUCGGCCUCUCGGACCAGGUGACGGAGGGCCAGUGGUUGUGGGUGGACAGCAGUCCCCUCAUAAAGUCGCUCAGCUUUUGGGAUGCUGGCGAACCCAACAAUCUAGUUACCGUGGAAGACUGUGCUACCAUAAGAGACUCUCCAAACCCCAGGAGGAACUGGAAUGAUAUUCCCUGCUUCUACACCAUGCCCCGGGUCUGCGAGAUGCCGGAGAUCAGUGUCUGGGACUAAGGAAAAUCUCUACGCUCAGAAAAACGGAGAAGGGCCGGAGGCUCCCGCCUGGCAUCCCAGCUACUCAGGAGGCUGAGAUCGGAGGAUUGAGGUUGGAGGCCAGCCCGGGCAGGA